UUCCUCAAAGAGAGGGCUCUAAUUUUCUAUUAUUAGCCUAUCAAACCAGGUGAAAUACAAUUACCACGAUAACCUUUCAACUUGCAAGUUGCAAGUACAACCAUUUAUAGUAGCUUUUGAUCUUAUUCUAAUCCUCCCCUCUUCUUUUUAUUUACCUCACAAAAUAUUUCUGGGAUUUUCAUGCUCUUCUAAUCUUAUAAAAAUCUUAUUUUUAUCUCUUACAACUUCAUAUCUAUAGGCUAACUUUCUGUUUGUGUUCUUGUCUUGUAAAAGUAAAAGGGAAAAAUUAAAAUUUCUAUUAGUCUACUUAUAUCCUAUUUUUGUCUACCCAAAACAAAAAUGUCUACCCUUGACCCAACUGCUACAGUUAUUUCACCUCAGCAACAAGAAUUACACAGUGAGAGCAUAAAUGGCCAAUCUUUCAGGUCCUAUCCUCCAGCUACAGCCAAGUAUGAAGAUAUUGCUCAAAGUUCAGACCUUUUUUGGGAAAAGCUCAAAGCUUUUCAUCAAUCCUUUGGCACCAAAUUCAUGGUUCCUACUGUGGGAGGAAAGGCUCUUGAUCUUCACCAUCUUUUUGUGGAGGUCACAUCUCGUGGUGGCAUUGAGAAGGUUAUUACAGAUCGUAAAUGGAAGGAAGUGAUUACAGCCUUCAAUUUCCCAACUACAAUUACCAGUGCAUCAUUUGUCUUAAGGAAGCAUUAUCUAUCAUUACUCUAUCAUUUCGAGCAGGUUUACCACUUCAACAAACAAAUUCCUUUAGUUUCAGGGACUGAUGCAAUGAAUGGGAGGAGCCUUGUUAAUGGAUCUGCAACCCUAGAAGAAGGUGCCAUUACAAACCAGUUUUCUAGUAGUCAGCAAUUGCAGAUUGGUUGUUCAGUGAGUGGAAUCAUUGAUGGCAAAUUUGAUAAUGGAUAUCUGGUUACUGUGAACCUGGGCACUAAUCAGCUUAAAGGUGUCCUAUACCAUAUUCCUCAUACAUUUCACGAGUCUCAGGAUUCUCGUUCUUCAGAUUUGCCUCCUCGCCGGCGCCGGAAGAGAUCGCGGAUAGCCUUACGUGAUCCCUCUCAGCCCAAGUCCAACAGGAGUGGCUACAAUUUUUUCUUUAAUGAGCAUUAUGCCCAGCUAAAGGCCCUACACCAUGGGCAAGAGAAAGUCAUUAGCAAGAAGAUUGGACUCUUAUGGAACAACCUCACGGAGGCAGAAAAGCAGGUUUAUCAGGAGAAAGGUUUGAGGGACAAGGAGAAAUACAGGAAUGAAAUGUUGGAGUACAGAUCUUCAUAUGCUCAAUAGCUUACAUGCUCAUCCAGGCGCCAGUACAUUCUUCUAUUUUCUUUUGUAGUUCUGUUAUGUUGUUGUUGAUGCUAUAGUUAGUGGUUCUGUUUUGUAGUCUACAAAUAUUACUUACUUUUGCAUUUAGGAGCAUCCAUGUUAGAGGUUUAUUAUCACAAGGAAUUUAGAGCAAGUAGACUUGUAAUCAGUUAAUGUUAUGCUUAUACCGUCAAUUUAUGAGUUGAGUCUUGGUAAAUUAUAA